AUGAGUUUGCAAUCAUUCUAAGAUACAUUUUGUGGCGCUGUAGCUGGUUUUUCAUUUCGUUUUUUUGGACAUCCAUUUGACACUGUAAAAGUGAGAAUGCAAAUGGAUAAUUAAAAGAGAUCUUUUAUUACAUCUGCUAUUAAGAUUUUACGUAAGGAAGGAGUAAUAAUAUUUAUAUAUAUUUAUAUAGAUCUUUGCUUAUUACAAAGGGAUGCUAUCUCCUUUGUUAGCAGAUAUUCCAUCUAAUGCUGUAUUAUUUGGAAUAUAUGAAUAUGUUUUUAGAUAAAUUUGUUCAAACAGCUAAGAAAAGAAACCAUAUUUUUUAGAAUGUUAACUAAUAAAAUAUAAUUGAUAGGGUUUAUUGCAGGAGGAGUAGCUGGUAUAGGAUAUGCAAUAGUAGUAUGUCCGGCUGAAAUGACAAAAUGCGUAUUGCAAAUGUAAAAGGAAUAUUUACACAAGCAAUUUAAGUCUCCAUUUCAAUGUUUUGCAUAUGCUAUUAAAAAUUAUGGCAUAGGCUCAGUUUUCAAGGGUCUCGUUGCUACAAUAUUGAGAGAUAUACCAUAAAAUGCAAGUAUUAUUGAUUAAUAAUAAUAAUUAGCUUUCUUUGCAACUUACGAAUACUCUAAAUAUGUAUUUAGUAAAAAUGGUGAUUUACCAUUUUAUGGAGCAUUAAUAAGUGGAGCAUUAGGAGGAUUCACAUGUUGUUUAGCAUCAUAUCCAAUGGAUGUAGUAAAAACUUAAUUGUAAGUUGAAAUAAAAGAAACUACACAAAAUAGAAAAUUUAAGCCAAGAUUUUAUGAUGGAGGUGUUAUAGAAUGUGUAAAAUAUAUUUGGUAAACUUAAGGUUACAAAGGUAUUAUAAUAAUAUAAAUAAUAGGAUUUUGGAGUGGAGUUGAAAGUUGUAUUAUUUAUUAUAUGGUUGGAUGUGCAGCAUAAUUUACAGGUUAUUAUUAUGCAUAAUCACUAUUAACAAAUUAUUCAAACAAACAUUGA